AUGCCAUUCCAAUCCCUCCCGAAUGAGCUCAUUCUCCAAAUCUCCUCCACACUAGCUACAUCCACUCUCUCCAACCUCCACAAGACCUGCCGACACCUCUACAACCUCCUACACACCCAUCUCCUCCGGCACACGCUACAACCGCACCUGGGCCUCUCACCACUGGAGUGGGCGAGCAAGCACUCGCACACGGAGAUAAUAAAGUACAUCCUAGCACAAUCGCCCAUUCCCCCGCCGGUGAAGACAGCACUGCACCACGCCUCCCGCAACGGCAACGCGCACAUAGCCAGGAUGCUUCUUGCUUCUGGGGCAAGCGUCGACGCCCGGAGCUACAGCGGUUGGACGCCGCUGCACGAAGCCGUGGCCGCGGGAUGGACCGAUGUCGUUAUUCUCCUGCUGGAGGCGGGAGCCAACGUAAACGAGAAGUCCGGGGACGAGUUCACCGCGGCGCACUGGGCCGUUGAAGAAGGGAGGGGGGAUCUGGUCGGAUUGUUGGAGGAUGUCGGGGCGGAUUUAGGGCUUGUGAACGGCUAUGGGGAAACGGUGCUUGAGCAGGCCGUAAUGCUGGGGGUGGAAGUGGUCAGAGGAAAGCGCUUUCGUGGGAAUAAAAGCUCUAGGGGCGGUGCUGAGGGGCGAGGGGCGAUGUUUAGGCGGGGAGAAGGGGGGUAA